AUGUCUCGCCACCAGCCCUCCACGAAUGAGAGCAACACUCCAGCUCGUCAAGUUACUUCUGCAAUCCCACUUGCUCAAGGCAUGACAAAAAGCCAAUCAAAUAAAUCCAGUCAUGGUAGGAUUCGAACGCAUCAGAAAACAGGCUGUCAAGGCCCACAUAUACGGACAGCCUCCAGCUCAUCAGAGGUCGCUUCAAGUCAUUCGAGCAUCAUACAAAAAACACCAAGAAUCAUCUACAGCGAUCAUCCAACGGUCUGUUCUCCAGUGCCCUCAGUAAUAUCAAUCCCAAUAACCUUGAGUGAUUGUGACACGGAUAGUGAUGAUGGGUCCAACAUGGAACAUGGCGUCUUGGACGCACCAUCAGAACCGACCGAACGCGUCGAAUUUCCUAAUCAACCCUUGAGAAUUUUCAAUUCUUCAGAUGAUCGGAUGGAACAUAGCCUUCCGAUGCCGCGAGCCAUGAAUCUGGGUAGCAGUGCUUCUACAGAGGUUACUGUUCCAGCUGAUGCUCCGCUCGAAACAAUGUAUGGGAAAGAACUAACUUCUUAUCCUCACCAAACUGCCAUUGAAGAGGAGAUGAAAGCGAGUCUACUCUCGUUAUUAAGUCUUGAAUCUUUCACGUAUAUGCUGUCAAAACCCGAGACUCGCAACGUUUUUCGAGAAUGGUUGAUCGUUCAACGAGGCGAAGAAAAGCUAGAUCGAUGGACUGAAGAGUCUCGGAUCAACCAACUGCACACAGAGGCCCAACAAAGCGCCAAGCAUCUACUGCAAAAUUAUCACGAGUACGAUGGCAAAGACGGCACCAGAACCAAUCACAUUGACAUGCUCAACGACGAUGCCAUCAGGGAGACCAUCAACCUGGCGCAUUCAUCACAGGUUUUGGUUGCCAGUCGGCAACACUUACUCGAGUCUUUGUAUAAUGAUACCUUCAAGCAAUUCAUAACCAGCAAGCUCCUGGAAAUCACUAAAAUGAAACUACGCAGCGGCGUAGAUGAAAAAACUUGUAAAGGUUUAGGCGAUUCAUUUGUUGUGAGCAACCCACGUCUUAGGGACAAUCCAGUGGUCAUGGUUUCACCCAGCUUUAGGUUAGGGUUACCACUUGGUUGUUUGAUAUGCAUCAAUGUUACUUAUCAAAGGGUUUUUAUGAUUGGGUGCGACAGCGCAACUACAGGCCACGAAAGAAAUUCGAUUAUUGGCAUGAAUUGUCGGUUCCUACAAGGGCCUGGAACCAGUCCGCAAUCAAUUCAACGUCUUCGACAAGCCUUAAAGCAAGGCCUCCCUUGCGUGGAGCUUCUUCUCAAUUAUAAAGCCGAUGGGACACCUUUCUACUGUCUCCUGAGUAUCAUUCCAUUGUUUGAUGGAAAAGGCUAUCUCAGUUAUUAUAUAGGUGGACAAAUCAACGUCACCGACGAACUGCGCAACAAUCAAAUAAUGUCUUUGAUUUCACAAACCAACUCUGCUCCCGAGAAAAUCACAUCGGCAGAUUUUCAGCUUCCAACGCGUACACUAGCUCGCCAAGCCACAUCUAAUAAAAUUGCUACUAUCAACCCGAGGCUUUUAAAUGCGCAAUAUGGCAACCUUGAUUCUCGUGCUAGCAAUCUUACCCUCAACGCGAAAGCAAAAACCCCCAAACCUCUUUCUCUCAGUUGGUUUAGUUCCAAGAUCAAGCCGGACAAAAAUAGCGAAGAUGUCGAAUUUACCAAGCCAGAUGAUAGACUUGAAUUUAAGAGUUCGGACUUGCACCAGAGUCUUUCAGCUUUUCAAUCCACGUAUUCAAGGCUCAUAUUAUUCAACAAGACCACUCGCUCGAUCGUUUUUGUUACGCCCCAAGCGUUGGAUUUUUUAGGUUUUCCGACUGAGACGGUCGAAGAAACUUACUCAUCUGCACUCCUUCAUCACGAUUUCUUCGACUUGGUGGAAAACUGCAAGACUACUCGCAAAACCCCUAUCACCAAAAAGGUCUUGAAAAAUAUAAUUUCCAAGGAUGCUUCUGCAUCCUUCCAAUGCGAGUUGUGUUGGUCUUAUACGUUGGAUGACCAACACACGCGAAUUAUUUUGAAACAAAGAAAAAAGGUUCAAGUUGUUGAAACCAGUGUAGUCCAUUUGACCCCUUUGAUGGACCGAACUGGCAAUUGUGCCUCUUACGUUGCAAUUCUGAGCUAA